AUGGACCGGAGCUCAACCGCGCUCCUGCUGAGGCCUCUGCUGCUCCUGCUGCUGGCGACCCCCGCGCGGGGCUCCCCCGUCUACCACUACUUCGGGGAGCAGGGCCAAGGCGACACGUGGGAGCAGCUGCGGCUGCAGCAGCUGGGGAAAGACGAAGAAGACUCGAUCCUUGGCCCGUGGGGAAAGUGGCGCUGUCUUUGCGACCUGGGCAAGCAGGAGCGCAGCCGCCAGGUGUUGGGCUCAGCGCCGGAUCCGGUGUUCAUGGACCGCGAGAACCUGGUGCAGGUGCUGCCCUGCCGGCAACGAGAUUGUUCGUCCUGCAAGCCAAUGGACUGCGACUGGAGGCCCUGA